AUGGUCUUCACGGCGCCUUCCGACCUCUCCGGCGGUCUUUAUUUCUUGAACGGAAAGCGAACGACGGUGCAGUCGACGGAAACUUUCGACGUGAUCGAACCGAGAAUCGGUGGGUUACCAUCCGAAUUCCUGAACAUCGCGUCAGUUUGUAGGACGAGUGGUCGCCAAAUGCCCGAAGGCGAACGCGCAAAUCGUGGACGAGUACGUGAAAGUGGCGGCGGCCGCGCAGCCAGCAUGGGGUGAAACGACGGCUCUCGACAGAGGAAAGGUGCUCCACAAAGUCGCCGAUUUGAUCAGAGUGAGUUGGGAGCGGGGGGUACGGUAGGAUGAGUGUGUGAGUGACAGCUGUCCUGUGUUGACAUUCUCAAACAUCGGGUACACGCACACUCCAGACGAUGAUGAGAAGUCUGUGCUUUGAACUGAUAGCGGAGCUAUCUAUAGUAUGAUGUCUGGGUUCAAAUCAGAAAAAAUAGAGAGGAAUGUGAAUCGAUAAAAGAUCAUAAAAGAGACGAAAGCGGUAAAGGUUCAGAUUCACCCAGUUCAGUUUUGAAUAUUUGCAGGAGCACGCCGAAGAGCUCGCUGUGUGGGAGGUGAAAACGAACGGAAAACCGAUCUACGAGGCCCGCUGCGACAUCGCCUCUUCCGCCGACACCUUCGAUUUCUUCGGUGGAAUCGCCACUGCCGUCCUCCAGGGAGACGCCCUCGAACUGCCCGGAGGACCCUCCCAACGCAUCUGCUACACCCGCCGCGAGCCGUACGGAGUCGUCGGAUGCAUCGGAGCAUGGAACUACCCGUUCCAGACCUGCGUGUGGAAAGUUGCUCCGGCCCUCGCCGCCGGAAACGCUGUGGUCUACAAGCCGUCUCCGUUCGCCCCGGCCUCUCCGGUGCUUCUCGGAGAGAUUCUGACCGCCGCCGGAGUGCCGGAUGGUGUGUACAACGUGCUCCAGGGAGAGCAACAGACAGGAAUCGCUCUGUGUGAGCAUCAACGCGUCGCCAAAGUGUCCUUUACUGGAUCUGUGGCGUCCGGAGAGGCUGUUCAGAGACAGGCGGCCACGAAGAAUGUGAAGCCGGUGACUCUCGAGUUGGGAGGAAAGUCCGAGUUGAUCAUCUUCGACGACUCGGACCUCUCGUCAGCUGUCGCUUCUGCAAUGCUCGCCAACUUCCUGAAUCAAGGACAAGUUUGCACGAAUGCGACGAGAGUGUUUGUGCAAAAAGGCAUUCUGAGCUCUUUCACGGAGGCGAUUGUCAAGGAGGCGAACGAGAAGCUGAAGGUAGGAGAUCCGCUGAACGAGGACACUCGCGUCGGCGCCAACAUCAACGAAGGACACCUCCAACGCAUUCUCGGAUACGUGGAAAGUGCGAAAGCGGAGGGAGGAAUCGUCCUGAGAGGAGGAGUCCGAGUGCAUCCGGAGGGCGUCGAGGACGGAGCUUACUUCGAUCCGGCCAUCAUCGUCGGUCUCACCGACGAGGCGAAGGCCGUCAGAGAGGAAAUCUUCGGAGCCGUCCUCCUCAUUCUUCCGUUUGACACAGAAGAGGAAGUGAUCGCGCGCGCCAACAACACCACGUACGGACUGGCUGCUGGAGUCUUCUCCGGGUAAGAUCUUCGAUCCAUUCCAUAUGUAGUUGCUUUUCUUUUCGCAGAAACCUCGCCCGUGGACACCGUGUCGCCGCGAAACUCCAGGCGGGAACCGUCUUCGUCAACACUUACAACGACACGGAAGUGAAUGUUCCGUUCGGAGGCUUCAAAAACUCGGGACACGGAAGAGAGAAUUGCAUCGACACGCUGAGGGCUCACACUCAGACGAAGGCGGUCUAUGUGAACGUGCAGGACACCACUGAGCACUGCUUCUGA